AUGACGGGUGAUAUUACCAGCUUGACGUGGCAUAACGCCCAAUUAGCACCCUUCUCACAACAGAAAACAGAUCGCUGCCACCACCUUCCCUCCUCUUUCAUUCUCUUUUUCUCUCUCUCUGUCUGCACCGCGGCUGAUGAUCCCGACGGAGAUGCUCAUGUUGCAGCUAUUUCUCGUCCCCUCUCAAUCGCAGCCAUUGAUCUCGUACGAAAAUCUCAAAGCAAGAGUCCCGCAAUUAACUUAGUAGUUGGAUCUCAUGUGUGGGUGGAGGAUCCUGAAGUUGCUUGGAUAGAUGGGGAAGUUAUAGAAGUAAAAGGGGAAGAAAUAAAAGUAAACUGUUCGUCGGGAAAGGAGAACAUGGUUGUUAGUAAUGCAUCUAAUGUCCAUCCAAAAGACGUUGAAGCUCCUUCCAGUGGUGUGGAUGAUAUGACAAAGCUAGCUUAUCUGCACGGACCAGGGGUUCUUCAGAAUUUAAGAUCUCGAUAUGACUUGAAUGAAAUUUAUACAUAUACAGGUAGCAUACUGAUAGCUAUCAACCCCUUCCAGAGGCUCCCUCAUUUGAAGAUGAUUAAUGAGGGAGUCAGCCAAUCAAUUUUGGUCAGCGGAGAAAGUGGCGCUGGCAAAACAGAAAGUACAAAAAGUCUCAUGCAAUAUCUUGCUUUUAUGGGGGGGAGAAAUAAAUCAGAUAAAGGGACAGUGGAGCAGCAAGUCUUAGAGGUUCGAGCAUUUCGCUUUGGUAAGUUUGUGGAGUUACAGUUUGUUCAGAAGGGAAGAAUUUCAGGAGCUGUUAUACGGACUUAUCUACUUGAACGGUCCCGUGUUUGUCAAGUUUCUGACCCGGAGAGAAACUAUCACUGUUUUUAUAUGCUUUGUGCUGCGCCACCUGAGGUAAUGUCCUUUCGUCACAUAGAAUUUUCUAUAUGA